CCGCCUACUUAUAACAUGGCGGUAUCUCCACUCGUGUCGACGGUUUGGCUACGAGAGCGUCUCCUCAAUGGAAUAAAAGCCAGUCUGAGAAUAGUUGAUGGAUCAUUAGGAGGACGGAGCGCAUUGGAAGAGUAUAAGGAGAGAAGGAUAGGAGAGGCUGUGUUCAUUGACAUUGAUGAAUUGUCAGAUCAGAAUAAUGAAUUACCUCAUAUGCUUCCAUCAGCAAACCAGUUCAGUCAUCAUGUUGGAAAGUUAGGCAUAUCAAACGAUAGUCAUGUGAUCAUUUAUGAUAACAAUGAAACAUUUGGAAUGUUUUCAGCUGCAAGGCUGUGGUGGAUGUUUAAAGCAUUUGGGCAUAAGAAUGUAUCUAUCCUUGAUGGUGGAUUGCCAAGAUGGUUGUCUGAUGGUUUACCAGUAGAGGAAAGCACAGUCCCAGACACAAAGAAGCUGUCAUAUCAUGCCAAGAUACAAUCUCACAUCAUUAGGAGCAUGAAGGAUGUGGAGAAAGCAAUCAGAGAUGGAGACAUACAGGUUGUGGAUGCUAGGAGCAAUGAAAGAUUUGAUGGUGUUGCACCCGAGCCCCGCCCCGGACUCUGCAGUGGUCACAUGAUAGGCUCCAUCAAUUUACCUUUUUAUAACCUCUUUGAUAAGAAUAGUAAAACAUUCGCCAGUAAAAAUACUAUUGAACAAGAGUUUCUUAAAGCUGGUGUUGAUAUUAAUAAGCCAAUCAUUGCUACCUGUGGCAGUGGAAUAACUGCCUGCUGGAUAGCAUUUGCUGCUUAUCUAUUGGGUAAAGAAAUACCAGUCUAUGAUGGCUCAUGGACAGAGUAUGCUCAAUAUGGUCCUACUGAUACUAUCAAGUUAGGAGUAUCCAGUAAUACCUCCAGUUAAAAAACAAUUAUUUAAAAUAAAUUUAUUAUUUUCACAAUCCUUAAAAAAAUUUCAUUCG